AUGAGCGGCAAUGCCGCUGCUGCUCUCGAGUCGCUCAGCGGCAGUAAAGACAGCUCUGUUUCCGCCAGCGCACACUUUCAAACCACUCCUUACGGCAUCCAUUACCUACAAUACUCGCUGGAGAAAGAGAUCGAAUACCUUCCCCAAAUUCGCGACCUGAUCUCCAAGGACCUUUCCGAACCUUACAGUAUCUACGUCUACCGAUAUUUCCUCUAUCAAUGGCCCGAACUCUGUUUCAUGGCCGUGGACACCAUCGAUGACAACAAACUCGCCGGAGUGGUAAUAUGCAAACUAGAGCCACAUCGAGGUGGACCGCUGAGAGGGUACAUCGCUAUGCUGGCCACAAAGGACAAGUUUCGGGGCAAGGGUAUCGCUACCACGCUUGUCAGCAAAGCCAUCGAUUUGAUGAUUGAGAAGGACGCCGACGAGAUUGUGUUGGAAACCGAGGAGACAAACACUGCGGCGAUGAAGUUGUACGAGCGACUGGGGUUUCUGAGAAGCAAAAAGCUGCAUAGGUACUACAUGAACGGUAACAGCGCGUAUAGGCUGCUGCUAUAUCUGAAAGAGGGAGUCGGCAGCAUUCCGACAGAGGACGAGUUCAACGGUUCCGGUUUGGAUGUGCAGGAUGAAAUGAGAUAUCCGCAUCGCUAUCAAGAGUCUCUGCCAGAUGUAUUGAGUCGUGAGAUCGUCUAA